AGGGGAGCUUUCUGCAUCCCCAAAUUGGAGGCCAUAAACAUAUUCAGCUGUCUGGCUUUUUCUGGACAGAAUAAGAGGAGGGGAACUUAAUUUGGGGUCCCUGGUUAGAACUUUAUUUCAGUAUAAUUGGUUUCUUUCAUAAUCCCGUGUAUUUUAUUUUCUGCAUUUAACACUCUGAUAAGGGGAUUCAUGCACACAAAAAGUUAAGAGCCUUUGAAGUAGGGUUUUCCCCCAGCUCUGUGCUUCUAAAUAUCCUCUACCAGAAAUUGACCAUCUUUUGAACUUUUACCUUAGUUUUCUCUCUCACUUAGUGUUUUUCACGAAGAAAUCAAAGUCAAAUAUUUUUUUCUCUUUCAUACAUCCCAGAUGCCCCUUGUAUGUAAUGACAAGCAGCCCUGAGGAAUCACAUAGAGAGGAGCAGAGGUGUGAUGCCAGGAAGCCACUGCUGCUGCGCUUGCCCCCGUUAUGCCAGAGGAAUCUGAUGUCCCUGCUGAUGGCUGUUCGGCCAUUGUUGCCUGAAAAUGGACUACUCCCUGUGCUGCAGAUUGCACAACAAAACCAAAGCCCUGACCCUGAUGCCUGGCUCUGGGUCCUGGGGGAAUUGCUGCGGAGGGAUUUGAACGGUGGGGUAUCGACUGAGGGCGUGUCUGUGCUGUCUAAGAGCUGCCAGGGACGGCUCCAAGGCCUGUGUAGGCGGCUGGGCCAGGGAGGCAGGAGGCUGAAGUUGCUCCAGGUUCCAGAGCCUGAAGAGGAAGAAGAGGAGGACAAGGAGGACAGGGACGCUCAGCAACCUGGGAAACGCAGAAAGGGGCGAGAGGAAGGACCUACCAGUCCUGAGGGCGAGUGUGCCCCCAAAAAGUUCCGAUGUUUGGAAGGGGAAGAGGAAGAAGGUCAGGAGGAGGAGAGAUGUGAACCUGAAUCUUUGGAACCCCUGGCAGAUGGAGGAGAUGCCCUACCCAUUAAGAACCAGAGUGUCAGGGCCAAGCCCAGUGAGGCUGGUCAGAGUCUGGAGGCUGCUAAGGACCUACCUGAGUGUUUGGAGUUGCCCAAACCUGUCCAGGACCAGGUUCCCAGACUGCAGCAGCUGCUCAAGACGUUGGGGGAGGGGUUGGAGGGUGCCCUGCCGGUUGAGCUACAGCUUCUCCAUGAAUGCAGUCCCAGCCAGGUGGACCUGCUGUGUGCCCAGCUGCAGCUCCCACAGCUCUCCGAUCCAGCUCUCCUGCAGCUCUGCACCUGGCUUCUGUCCCUUUCCCCAGAUCUCAGCCUCAGCAAUGCUACUGUUCUGACCAAGAGCCUCUUUCUUAGACGGAUUCUCUCCCUGACUUCCUCAGCCUCCCGCCUGCUCAUGACUGCGCUGACCGCCUUCUGUGCCAAGUAUGCCUAUCCUGUCUGCAGAGCCCUCCUUGGCCCUGUGCUCCAGGCCCCGGGAACAGGUCCAGCUCAAACAGAGUUACUGUGUUGCCUUAUGAAGGAAGAGGCCCUGGAGCCAGACGCACAGGUUCUGAUGCUGGGACAGAUCUUAGAGCUGCCCUGGAAGGAGGAGACUUUCUUGGUGUUGCAGUCACUCCUGGAACGGCAGGUGGAGAUAACUCCCGAGAAGUUCAGUGUGUUGAUGGAGAAGCUCUGUAGAGAGGGGCCAGCAGCCACCACUUCCAUGGCCUAUGCCAAGCUCAUGCUGACAGUGAUGACCAAGUAUCAGGCCAGUAUCACUGAGAUCCAGAGGCUGGGCCUGGCCACAGCCCUAGAGCUCAAUACCACUUUCCUGAGGAAGUCCCUGCAGGCCGCCCUGAGACAUCUGGGCCCCUGACCAUCCACCAAGAGACCACACUCCUGGAGCUCCCCCACCAGCUGCCUGAAGAAUACUUUUGCCCUCAGCACCAUCCCCUGACCCCUUGUCUGGGGAUAAAGGCUGAGGCUGGCCAUCCCAAGUGUCAGGUGCCUUCCUGCUCCAGGAUGCAGAGAGGCCACUUGGGGGGUGCUUCCUGGGCUGAGGGGGCUGGAUGAGCUUUAUUUCCCAGGGCUGCUGACCUUUGGGCUCACUCUUUGUCACUUUUUCAUCAGGUGAUGGGGACAGAAACUUUCUGAAAGGCCUCAGUAGGGUCAGAGCAGACCAAGAGUAGAUGAAUGAUGCUUCUGGAGCCCUGAGAUGACCUGUGUGCUCAGCAUGAAUAUCUUGCACAGGGGCGCCUGGAUGGCUCAGUUGGUUAAGUGUUUGCCUUUGGCUCAAGUCAUGAUCUCAGGGUCCUGGGAUUGAGCCCUGCAUCUGGCUCUUUGCUCAGCAAGGAAUCUGCUUCUCCCUUUCCCUCUGUGCUUGUGCACUCGCUCUCUCUCAAAUAAAUAAUCAUUAAAAAAAUAUAUUUUGCACUCAAGUAUAUGUUACAACCCUCUGUGUUCUGACUUGGAUGAUAAUUUAUUAAAAAGCAGGGGUUUGGGGCACCUGGGUGGCUCAGUUGGCUAAGUGUCUGCCUUAGACUCAGGUCAUUAUCCCAGGGUCCUGGGAUAGAGCCCCC